AUGGAACAAACUACCGCUCGUCUACGCAAGACAUUUCGCUAUCCUACAGAUAGUGAUUCCGAUGACUCGUUGCCAGAAGCUCUUGAUGAAGAAGAACAAGACAAGCUAAUUCAACACCUCGCCGUCCUCCACACAAAAUACAACACCGUCUACGCUCGACUUCUCCUCUGCCUUCCCCUCAUAAGCAUCAUUCCCUACCUCCUCACCCUCUUCUCCCCAGCAACCUCUCUCCUCAGUAUCCUCUCCAUUACCUCACUCCUGUCCACCGCCUUCCUCGUUUACUCCUUACCUCCUGAAAAAACAUCGAUAACUAUCCUGGACAACUUCAAUCAACCAUCCCAAGAUGCUCCUCUAUCAAAAACAGGAGGGGUGCUAGGAGUUAACCGGGUCGACGACGGACCUCUUCUAACCUACCUUCCAACUCUCAAUCUCCUUCUCAGUUUCAUCCUCGGUGUUCUAGGAACUAUCGUCAAAUCUAAACACAGAUCAAGUUCUAGAAUCACCGAUGUGGAGACAGAUAUUUGGUGGACCGGAUUCGAAUGGUUACCUUUUGGGAUCUACGCCGUGGUAUUGCUAGCAAAAACCGUAAUGGGGAGUGUAAAUCCCGAAGAGGAGUUGGGGGGUUUGAGGUAUAGAUAUAAGGGAGCAUGA